AUGUCUUCCCCCCACUCCAGCGGCAGCACCAGCCUGACAGUGACUGGGACCCGCCUGCUGAGCAUCCAGGAGCCGCGUGUCCGAGCCCUGUACGGGGGCGUCGAAACCGUCAACAGCUGCCGGGUGCUGAAUGACUCCGUCAUGCUGUGCCAGGCACCUGGCAUUGUGCCGGGGAGGCGGGAGCUGCCCGUGGCGGGGGCCUCCCCUGACGAAUUCGGCUUCCUGCUGGACCAUGUCCAGGCGGCUCGAACCCUCAACCGCUUGGCCUUCACCUACUACCCUGACCCCCAGGUUGAGCCCUUCAGCCCUGCGGGGGUGCUGGAGGUGAAACCUGGCUCCCACGUCGUCCUCAAGGGCAGGAACCUGAUCCCAGCGGCCGCUGGGGGGACCCGUCUGAACUACACGGUGUUGAUUGGGGGGGAGCCCUGCGCCCUGACAGUGUCAGAGACCCAGCUGCUCUGCGACUCGCCCAGCCAGACAGGGGAGCAGCCAGUCACGAUCCUGGUGGGGGGCCUGUCCUUCUCGCCCGGCUCCCUGCACAUCUACCCCGAGGCAGCCCUGCCCCUGGGAGCGCUGGUGGGGCUGGGCGCAGGGGGGUCCCUGCUGCUCCUGGCCAUUAUCGGGGUGCUGGUUGCCUACAAGCGCAAGACCCGCGAUGCUGACCGGACCCUUAAGCGGCUGCAGCUGCAGAUGGACAAUCUGGAGUCACGGGUCGCGCUGGAGUGCAAGGAGGCCUUUGCAGAGCUGCAAACCGACAUCAAUGAGCUGACGAAUAACCUGGACGGGGUGAAGAUCCCAUUCCUGGACUAUCGGACGUACGCUCUGCGGGUGCUGUUCCCUGGCGAGGAGCCCCCCAUGCUGCGUCAUGGCCAUGCGCCCCCCGGGGCAGAGCGGGGCCUGCGGCUCUUCGGGCAGCUCCUGCACUGCCAGCCCUUCCUGCUGACCUUCAUCCACACGCUGGAGGGGCAGCGCGGGUUCUCCAUGCGGGACCGGGGGGCUGUGGCCUCCCUCACGCUGGUGGCCCUGCAGGGCCGGCUGGACUAUGCCACCGGCGUCCUCAAGCAGCUGCUGGCCGACCUCAUAGAGAAGAAUCUGCAGAACCGGGCCCAUCCCAAGUUGCUGCUGCGCAGGACGGAGUCAGUGGCUGAGAAGAUGCUGACAAACUGGUUCACCUUCCUGCUCCAUCGGUUCCUGAAGGAGUGUGCUGGGGAGCCGCUGUUCCUGCUGUUCUGUGCCAUCAAGCAGCAGAUGGAGAAGGGGCCGAUGGACGCGGUGACGGGGGAGGCGCGAUACUCGCUGAGCGAGGACAAGCUCAUCCGCCAGCAGAUCGACUACAAGACCCUGACGCUGUACUGUGCCAGCCCCGACCCCCCCGGUGGCCCCGAGGUGCCCGUGAAGGUGCUGAACUGUGACACCAUCACCCAGGCCAAGGAGAAGCUGCUGGAUGCUGUGUACAGGGGGGUCCCCUAUUCCCAGCGCCCCCGGGCUGACAACACGGAGCUGGAGUGGCGCCAGGACUGGUCGGGCCGAACCCUCCUACAGGACGAGGAUGCGACGAGCCGCAUCGAGGGCGACUGGAAACAGCUCAACACUCUGGGGCACUACCAGGUGACUGAUGGCUCCAAGGUGGCCCUGACACCCCGGCAGGUCUCGGGGUGCAACCUGCCCAACUCCUGCACCUUCAGCCGCUCACUGAGCCGCUACGAGAGCCUCUUGCGGCCAUCCAGCAGCCCUGACAGCCUGCGCUCCCGUGCCCCCAUGCUGAGCCCCGAGCACGAUGGGGGCACCCGGCUCUGGCACCUAGUCCGCAGCCACGACCCGCUGGGCGACCCCAAGGAGGGGGGCAGCAAGAUGGUGUCGGAAAUCUACCUCACCCGGCUCCUGGCCACCAAGGUACGGGGUGCAGGGAGCUGA